ACCUCCUUCAGACCUGAAGAGGACUCAGAUUUCUCCAGAUCCCCAGACCUCCAAUGACACUGGACAUUAAUAUGGAAAGCAGAGCUCUGACCUUUGGCUUAAAGGGGCUGUGCAAAGAACGAAGAGGAGGAAGCCACUGGCUCGGAGGAGGAUCUGGGUUCGUCUCGUGGCAGCGGCGUGUGUAAAUGGUUCAACGUCCGGAUGGGUUUCGGGUUCCUGUCCAUGACCAAUAUAGACGGGACACCGCUCGAGGAGACUCUCGAUGUUUUCGUUCAUCAGAGCAAGCUGCACAUGGAGGGCUUCCGUAGCCUGAAGGAGGGCGAGGCGGUGGAGUUUACCUUCAAGAAGUCGUCUAAAGGCCUAGAGUCUGUCACGGUGACGGGGCCAGGGGGAGCACAGUGUGUGGGCAGUGAGAAGAGGCCUAAGGGGCAACAGAAACGACGCUCCAAGGGGGCCAGAUGCUACAACUGUGGAGGACCUGACCACCAUGCCAAAGAAUGCCAGCAACCUCCUCAGCCCAAGAAGUGCCAUUUUUGCCAGAGCAUCAGUCACAUGGUGGCCAACUGUCCAAUCAAAGCACAGCAGUCCUCCCCUGGCGCUCAGGGAACAGCAUUGUCACUGAGGGACGAGGAAGAGGAGCAGAGCCAUGCCCCCUUUCCCCCCAGGGAGAGCUAUGAUUGAUCGAUUCAGGGAUUCAGCCAAUCAAAAGGUUUCACUGGAGUGCUGCUUUUGGAACUACAUCAGGUUGUCUUUAUUUAUCGCACAAACAGCAAGAAAUGUCUACUUUUAUUGAUAUGAUUGAUAGUUGAGAUUGAGAGAGAGCUCAGUGUUUUAAUUGUAUUUUCCCUGCUGCAGCUAAAUAAGAGGUAGCCUAUGUGGAUUUUCCUGGAGAUGAUUGUGAGUGCUCUGCUCUCUCACUCUAUACCAUGUUUUCCCAAAAAGCUUUUGUUAGAAAAAGGUAAAGGAAAUACAAUCAUACAAGUGAAUGUACAGAUAUAGGUGUCCUGACUCUAAGACUGUUUCAUGGACAAAAAGGAGUGUGUCUUUCUGCUUAUUGAAAUCUUCAGGUAUUAUAAGUCGUUGUGCAUUUCUACGGCCAAGUGAAUGUUUGAACACUUUCUGCUGUAUGAAUGUUGGUACACCAUGGUUGCCGAUUGGACUGUGUACAAUACAGCUUGUCAUAAGUGCCAUAGCCUGUUCAUUUGUCUCAUGGGUGGUUGGAUGUGGCUCCCUCCCUCACAAAGCCUUGACUCAAGGCUAAAUGCGAGACCAGCAUUGAUUGUAUGACAGUCUGUCUGUCUGUCUGUCUGUCUGUCUGUUUGUCUGUCUGUCUGUCUGUCUGUCUGUCUGUCCCACAGUUUUUACUAUGGAUGUAAACAUGACUUUCUAACAUAUUCUACAUAUCAGGGGUGUUCUCAUACACUGCCCAAAUACAUGGCUUGUUUCUCAUUGUCUCGUUGUACUUGAAAACUAUUUGGAAAGCCAAAGGUAUUACAUGUUCUUUCUUGGAUGGACCUGAGCAUUAUUUUUCUUCUUUAAUAAGGACAUAUUUUCAUGAUUGAGUGCUAGGAUAAAGGGACUCAAGUGUUGAAUAAGAUGGUUAUAGGUUUAGUAUUUACUCCUCUUUUACAGGAGUGGAUAGAAUAUUUUACACCACUUAAAUGUAUAUAGAUAUGAUCUUUUUUAUAUUUAUUAUUUAUUCAUCGUCACUCUCUACCUUUCUUUCUAAUAGAUAAAGUAUCACAAUUUGUAGCUUAAUUCUAUUUAAACAGAAACCGGAUUUGGUUCUAGCCUCUUGAUAGAUUCGUGGUUGUAUUAAGCAAACAAUUAUGCCUUACUUUUUACUUUCUCUUUCAAUGGGCUUCAUUUUCAGUUGACUUCAUAAUAUACACUUUAAAUACAAAAGUAUGUGGACGCACUUUCAAAUGAGUGGAUUCGGCUAUUUCAGCCAUACCCGUUGCCAGAUGUAUAAAAUCCAGCACUCAUGCAAUCUCCAUAGACAAACAUUAGCACUAGAAUGGCCUUACUGAAGAGCUCAGUGACUUUCAACGUGGCACCAUCAUAGUAUGCCACCUUUCCAACAAGUCAGUUCAUCAAAUUUCUGCCCUGCUAAAGCUGCCCCAGGUCAAAUGUAAGUGCUGUUAUUGUGAAGUGGAACGUCUAGGAGAAACAACGGCUCAGCUGCAAAGUGGUAGGCCACACAAGCUCACAGAACGGGACCGAUGAGGGCUGAAGCGUGUAGCGCGUACAUUAACUCUUUGUCGGGAGCGUCAUGAAAUGGGUUUCCAUGGCCGAGUAGCCACACACAAGCCUAAAUUCACCAUGUGCAAUGCCAAUCAUCGGCUGGAGUGGUGUAAAGCUCACCACCAUUGGACUCUGGAGCAGUGGAAAGGUGUUCUCUGGAGUGAUGAAUCAAGCUUCACCAUCUGGCAGUCCGAUAGACUAAUCUGGAUUUGGCGGAUGCCAGGAGAACGCUACCUGCCCCAAUGCGUAGUGCCAACUGUAAAGUUUGGUGAAGGAUAAAUAAUGGUCUGGGUCAGUUUUUCAUGGUUCGGGCUAGGCGCCUUAGUUCCAGUGAAGGGAAAUCUUAAUGCUACAGUACAGCAUACAAUAACAUUCUAGACGAUUCUGUGCUUCCAACUUUGUGGCAACAGUUUGGGGAAGGCCCUUUCCUGUUUCUGCAUGACAAUGCCCCCAUGCACAAAGUGAAGUCCAUACAGAAAUUAUUGGUCGAGAUCGUUGUGGAAUAACUUGACUGGCAUGCAAGAACUCUGACCUCAACCCCAUUGAACACAUUUGGGAGGAAUUGGAACACCGACUGCUAGUCAGGCCUAAUCGCCUGACAUCAGUGCCUAACCUCACUAAUGCUCUUGUGGCUGAAUGGAAGCAAGUCCCUGCAGCAAUGUUCCAACAUCUAGUGGGAAGCCUUCCCAGAAGAGUGGAGGCUGUUAUAGCAGCAAAGAGGGGACCAACACCAUAUUAAUGCCCAUGAUUUUAGAAGGAGGUGUUCGACGAGCAGGUGUCCACAUACUUUUGGUCAUGUAGUGCAUUGUGCUUAAACCAAUGCAACAAUAUUCUGCACUAAUCAUGUGUAGGAGUAUGGGUAUUUCUUAAAGAUAUUUAAUUGCUCAUUGAUUGUUAUGACUGCAGCCAGGAUUUAAUUUCUCUGAAAUCCUCAUGUUGAACUCAGGGAAUCCCAUUUAAAGAGGAGCUUCUUUGGAAGGAGAAGUAAAGUGUUUUAUGUGUGUACCUAUAGCCUACAGGCUGGGUUGCCGGAAAAUCCAUACAAAACAUUGAUUGCCAAAUGGGCAAUGCACUAUUUACACGUUGCUAUGACGUUACUGUAGUACAGCUAGCUAUAUUUAAUGUUAUAUUCUAGUUUUGCUCUCUUUUUCUGACUUAAUUGGUGAUCAAGUUGUAAGACAGCAUAGGUAAUAGAGUAGCAUGAUAUUUCCUUAGGCACCCUAAAUUACUUCUCUGGUCUCUCUCUAGAAGUGGCACACAACCAAUCUGAACAGCAAACCAUCGACCUCCCCGCCUUUUGUGGUUAUUGUACAUAUUCAGCUUCGUCACGAUAUUAAUAUAAUGUUGUUUAUUUCCGUUUUUACUUUGCAUGGUAGUCAGUCAGUAGUUAGAGUAGAGUAUAUUCACCUCUCCAUAUAGGGACUACACAAUGGGCCCCUUUUGUAGACAAAGCAUUUUGAUGACCAGGGGUGGACUGACUAUCUGGCAUUUCGGGCAAAGUGGGCCUAUCUAACUUUUUUUUUUUGCGCAAAUUUAUCGUUAUCUGGCUAAUGAUGGAGGUCUUUAGGGAAAAAAUUGUCCGGUGUGUUAGAAAUGACAAGGGGCGAUUUCUGGUCGAGGCUGCCCUUGUUGAUGUCCUUUCAAGAGCUUGUGUUGAUGGGCUAUGACAUUUGCCACUUGAUGGCACACAGUCAUAUCUGCUUGAGCCUAGUAUUUUGUCACUUCAUGUAUUUAGGCUGUAACAUGAUCCUUAAUUUCCAGAGUCCAGACAAUGCGCCUAUUCUUCUUAUUUAAUUUAGGGUAGGUGGGAGUUUUUUAAUCAAAUAUUUCUUACUGUAUGAGAACAAGACAGAAAUGCCUUGUCAAGAAUCUAUACAAGUCUACCUCAGGAUGUUUUUGAAAAUGGACAAUGACUGAGUUUUAAAAAAAUCAAGUUCGAUUUGUCCAUUCAUUUUGUGAGAUUUUGUUUUGAAUGAUUUCUUAGUUUUGUUUAUACAUUUUUUGUGUGAAUGAUUUUUUUGUUUCAGUUUGCAAUGUAUUGUUUUCCCCACAUAGAAAUGCUGUUGAAUUACUGUUGACUGUUCUUCUUUUUUUGUGAUUAUACAUUGUCUGCAUCAAUACAUCAGACAUUUUGGUAUUAUUCUAUGCAUUGAUAUUGUGUAUGCUUAAUUUGAACUGAAAUAGGUGCCGGUACUCAUGUUGGGUGCCAGUACUGUUUAUAUUUAGGUGCAGGAGCUCCACAAUACUUUUGAGCUAAUAUUCUAUAAGAGGAACAGGAGCUCAAGCAGUAGAAAAUUUGAGGUGCUGGUACUGAGCUCCGGUGAAUUUCUGUAUAACAUGAUAAUACUGAACUCAAAGCAGGAGGGGUAUAUUACUCUGUAUGUAGGUGACAACAGCGCCUCUUGAACAAAUCACCUUAUCUAUACUUACCAGGACAGGCAAACACCCUAACAACUUCAAGCAACCUCAAUAAACCUCUGAUAUCUGUUGUGUUUCUGAAGGCGUGUGACACUAGGUCUACUUAAAUACUAAAGUGUCAAAUAUAAUCAUAUUCAGUGUAGGCUGUUGGAAAAAAUUCCAAGGACUUACUGUCAGAAAUGCAUUUGUUUAAUUUUGUUACAAAUCUACCUCUGAUCUUUCGACACAUUGUAUUAUGGACAAAAAUGCAUUAUUGUGUAAGUUAUGCUUUUGCAUAUGUUUCUGUCAUAUGAGUUGAAAAGUAUGGUUAAAAAUAUUUACAAUCAUUCCCCACAAAAUGAAUACCCAAUACCCAUUUUCCUCAUACCAUAUAUCCUUUCUGGUCACUAUCUCAAUUAGGCCUAUAUGUCAGUAUUCAAUGUAUAGGGUUAUAAAUUAAGCACAAAACAAACAAUAGGCCUGAUAUUGUGUUACUUGAUGUCUCUGCUUUGCUGUUUAUUAGACCAAAGAAUGUAGCUAUGUUGACUAUGAUCACCAACCACAGAAUGUGGUACAGUAGGCCUAUAGCUCACUUUGACAAAUCAUAUACCAAGCUUUACUGCCAACUGAGUUGCGAACAACGCAUAGUAGUGUUGACAUGUGCAUCAUUGACUC